UUCUCAGCUAACUAGUUUUUCUGAAAUGUAAUUUUCGGACAACGGGAGGUCAUAUUUUUUUGCGGGUAUUUGUGGAUAAUAUUUUGAAUGAUUUCAACAAGAAGACAAAGGACAAAGAGGAAAUACGAUGUCUUGGUCGCGUCCCCUGCUUUUCUCUCUGCUCGUCUGCUUUGGUGAUUUUACUUCAGCUCAGAUAAAAUACUCGACUCCAGAGGAAGUUAAAGUGGGAACUAUCAUUGGAAAUGUUGCCAAGGAUUUGGGCCUUGAAGUCAGUACCUUGACAAACCGGCGUUUUCGCAUUGUGCACGGAGCUCAUGACGAGCGAUUCGAGGUAAACCCGAACAAUGGGGUUUUGUAUGUUCAUAAGAAUCUCGACAGGGAAGAGAUGUGCGAUAAAGAUGGAGCUUGUUUAAAGGAUCUGAAAAUUGUUGUGGAAAAUCCACUUGAGAUCCAUUAUGUCACUGUGGAAAUCACAGAUGCUAACGACCAUGUACCGACUUUUGUCGAGAAAGAAAAGGUUAUAGAAAUAGCAGAAAACACUUUUCCAGGAGCUCGAUUUCAAUUACCAGGUGCCCUUGAUCCAGAUAUUGGAGUAAACUCCGUCCAACGGUACAAGCUGAGUCAAAACGAUCAUUUCAAUCUAGAAAUACGAGAUAGGGACGAUGAUAAAAUUCCCUUUUUAGUGUUGCAGAGGCAGCUUGACAGAGAGCAGAAAACAACCCAUAGCUUGAUUUUAACAGCUAUAGAUGGAGGCACACCGUCAAAAUCAUCUAAUCUUAAUCUUACAAUAAAUGUUCUUGAUAUCAAUGACAACAGACCGACUUUUUCUAAAGAGGUUUAUUCUGUGACAUUGCAAGAAAAUGUUGCAUUGGAUACUUUUGUGAUAAAAGUGAAUGCAACCGAUCUCGACGAGGGAACUAAUGGGGACGUCGAAUAUUCAUUUGGGGGCGAUAUUAAUUCAAAGGUGCUUGAUCUAUUUAAUCUAGACAGACACACAGGCGAAAUUAUAGUUAAGGGACACAUCGACUAUGAAACUGCUGAUGUUUUCAAGUUAAACGUUCAAGCUUCUGACAGAGGUCAACCUCCGAUGACAACGGAUUGUAGAGUUAUAAUAAAAAUUCAAGAUUUCAACGAUAACAGACCAGAAAUCGAAGUUACAUCCAUAUCUAGCAUGGUUCCAGAAAAUGCAAAACAUGGGACCGUGGUUUCUCUUAUUAGUAUAACAGACCGUGAUUCUGGUCUCAAUGGCAAAGUAAAAUGCUCUCUGUCUGGGGAUGUACCAUUUGAAUUAAAACCGUCAUUUAAAGAAAACAUGUAUUCAUUGGUGACAAAAGAAACACUGGACAGGGAAACAGUGUCCCAUUAUGACAUUUCAAUAACAGCUACAGACUAUGGUGAGCCGCCACUGUCCGCAUUUAAGACAUUAAGUAUUCAGGUGUCAGACGUGAACGACAACAUCCCGGAGUUCUCACAAAGUCCACUGGAAUUAUAUUUAACAGAAAAUAAUGCUCCUGGAGAAUCAAUAUUUUCAGUGAGUGCUGUUGACAAAGACUUGAACGAUAAUGCUGCAGUAUCCUAUCGUAUAACUAGAGGGGGUGGCGGUCAUAAUGAUAUGGCAUCUUUUCUGAAUAUAAACCCUGAAAAUGGACAAAUAACCGCGCUGAAAGGUUUCGACUUUGAAACAGUGAAAACGUUCCAGUUCCAAGUUGUGGCCACAGAUUCUGGAACUCCGUCACUAAGCAGCAACGUCACAGUGAACGUGUUCAUUCUGGAUCAGAACGACAACGCUCCAGUCAUCCUGUAUCCAGUCAGCUCCAACGGUUCUGCUGAAGGUGUGGAGGAGAUUCCCCGCAAUGUGAACGCAGCACACUUGGUGACUAAAGUCAGAGCCUAUGACGCUGAUAUAGGAUAUAACGGCUGGUUACUGUUUUCACUGCAGGAAGUGACUGAGCACAGUCUCUUUGCUUUGGACCGCUAUACAGGACAGAUCAGAACACUUCGCUCAUUCACAGAGACAGACGAGGCUGAGCAGAAACUGGUCAUACUGGUCAAAGACAAUGGAAACGUUUCCCUCUCUGCAACAGCUACUGUCAUUGUCAAAGUUGUGGAGCCCAAAGAGGCUUUUGCUGCUUCUGAUGUUAAAAGUGCAACAAACGAUGAUGAGGAGAGUAAUGUCACUUUUUAUCUCAUGAUAACUUUGGCCUCAGUUUCAGCACUUUUUCUCAUCAGCAUCAUCGUGCUCAUUGCAAUGCAGUGCUCCAAAUCCACAGACUACACUUCCAAAUAUCUACAAGAGACUAAUUAUGACGGGACACUGUGUCACAGCAUCCAGUACAGAUCUGGAGACAAACGCUACAUGUUAGUGGGACCCAGAAUGAGUAUAGGAUCUACUAUAGUCCCGGGCAGCCAUGCUAACACACUAGUGCUCCCUGACAGGAGGAGAACAUCUACUGAGGUAAGAAUUUCAAGAAAGAUUAAAUCCUUAUUUCUUUUAAUUAAUUUAAGUCAUUUUUUUUACAUAUGUAUUUGA